AUGAAUAUUAGACAAGCAACGACAGACGAUUUAUUGGCAAUGCAAAAUUGUAAUAUAAUGAACCUUCCCGAAAAUUAUCAAAUGAAAUAUUACCAAAAAUAUUUUUAUCAUGCAUUAUCUUGGCCACAAUUAUCAUUCGUGGCAGAAGAUCAUAAAGGAAGGAUUGUUGGUUAUGUAUUGGCAAAAAUGGAAGAAGAUCGAGAAGAUGAACCACCACAUGGUCAUAUAACAUCUCUUUCAGUUAUGAGAACAUAUCGAAGAUUAGAGAAAAGUAUGGUAGAAGUAUUUAAUGCACAAUACGUUUCAUUACACGUUCGUAAAAGUAAUCGGGCAGCAUUACAGUUAUAUAAAGAAACACUUAAAUUUAGAAUUCACGAAAUAGAAAAGAAAUAUUAUGCCGAUGGUGAAGAUGCUUACGCCAUGAGGAAAGAUUUACGAUAA